AUGAAUGACUUCGACCGACUGGAAGGAGCUGAAGGAGGUGAUGAGGGGGUUAUUGAUGAUACACCUAUUGACGAGGAUGACUUUCUUUCAGGACUAGACGACGAUCAAAGACUAGACGAUGCAAAAACCUCCAGUUUCCGUGAGGAAAAUAAAGACGACUCAUACAGGAAGAGGAAAAGGCAGUUAGACGAACUAAGCACAUACGGAAAAUUUGAUGACAUAAAGGUAGAAUAUGUUAGGAAGCUCUUUCAAACUGAGUACCGAAUAGACCCUGCCGAUGGACAGAACUCUAAGGAACUUGUCUCCCGUUUGGACCUCACUAAAAUAUACGCGUGA